GAUUUUAUUGUUUUUAAACAGACAUUGAAAUUCAAAUGUUUAUUAUGUUUUGUGUCAGAAAACAGUUGGCUGCCAACACUUUUCACUUUGGGGUUUAUUUUCCAUGGGACAGCAGUAGCUUAUCUGUAAGGUUUUGAAGCAACGCUACUGUGCUGCUGUUGGGACUAAAUACCAAUAUUGGUUGGUACAGUGGUAAUACAAAGGUAGUUUGAGCUAGCUAGACUUUGCGUGCUAUUUAUGAUACAGUACAUCAUAUGACCGAUCAUGAUUGGGAAAGAUAUUUACUGCCAGCUAACUUUUGCUGUCCAUUUUUCCAUCUUGAUGCCACCUACUAUCCACCCAAAGGCUGCUAGGAAUGUGUCUAAAUAGUGAUAUCCUUUUAUAUAUUACCUCUCAUGGUAGCUACGAAAACUUUUAUGUUCACCAACCCUUUUGGAACUGAUGAAUGUGAAGGGCUACCAGUUUGUGCUGUAUGUAUCUAACAAUUAGCAAUUAAUUGUAUUUAUUUAUAUGAAGACACUGAUCAUGUUAAUGAUGUGUCUUUAUAUUUGCAAAUCAGAUUUCUACAUGCAACAUUUUAUUUCUGUAAAAAUAGGUCAGCGUUCACAUUUUCAAAUGACCCCACCUUAUUCCUGGGAAAUAGCAAUUCUCCCAUUUGUUGGAAGUUUUAUUGUAAGUGGUAUCGUCUUAUCGAGCUAACAUUUUCUUUGCUAGAACUGUAUUUUUUGUUUUCCCGCUCAUUCUCUACACGCCACCACGUGAGCUGUGUCCUCGUGAACGCGCCCCCUCCACCUGACGUCGCGUUCGCUCAAGAGCACGCACUCAGUGCGUCCACAAGCUGCAGCUGGCUGGCGGGCUGGCUGGCUGAGCUUCGUGGAACGGUCCCUCUCCCCCGCACACUCAGCGUCUCUGCGGGGGCAGACAGUUUGUCUCCACCUCCCUUCGCAAGUCUCCUCGGCCACCAGCCGCGAGUCCAACGACGUCGGCGCGUUUUUUUUUAAACGUCUCCCGACCGAACCGAACCAUCCUUACCCGCGCAGCCCGAUGGCCACCACCCUCCCCUUCCUGCCGGUGGUCCCCCUUAGUGCGAUGGAGCCAAACAGAACGAAAGGACGCAGCCCCGUCCCGCCGAGGGACUGAAAAGUCUUCAGUGUGAAAGUAGUUAGCAUUAGCGCUCAUAUGCUAACAAGCGCUCCCAGCCAUGCUGGCCAGUGAGCCCCAGAGCAGCGGACCAGCCGCCUCGGGCGCGUCCUCCCUGUCCGUCACGCCGCCUCCGCCCCCUUUACCGCCCCCUCCCCCGCCUCCUCCAUCCCUCGCGGUGGCCCACCCCGGCAGGAAGAAGCGUCGGGUGCGCAGCUUCUUCUGGAAGCCCAUCCCCGAGGAGAAAGUCCAUGAGAGACCCAACAUCUGGACGCUGUCGGCGCGGCGGCAGCAGUACCAGAUCGAUGUGCGCUCCGUGGAGGAACUGUUCGGCCAGCAGGAGGAGGCGGGGACGGGCGGCCGGGGACCGCCGUCCGCUUCUGGGACAGCUGCCGGGGUCUCCCGAUCCCGAUCGUUCAAGGAGAGCAGCAAGGAAGAGAUCAGCAUCCUGGACUCCAAGAGGGGAAUGAACGUUGGCAUUUUCCUCAAGCAGUUCAAAAAGUCCAACCGUUGCAUUGUGGAGGACAUAAGGCAAGGACACGGCGGGACGUACGGAGCCCAGCCCCUCAAAGACCUGCUCAAGCUGCUGCCCGACGCGGACGAGAUGAAGAAGCUGCAGGCGUUCCGAGGCAACCCGGACAAGCUGACGCUGGUGGACUCUUUUAUGUUCCUGCUCAUCCAGGUGCCGAGGUUGGAGGUGCGCAUCGAGGCCAUGGUGCUCGGUGAAGAGUUUGCUCCUUCCUGCGUGCUCAUGAGUCACGACAUUGAUGUGGUACGAGUUGCCAUUCGAGAGUUAAUGGGCUGCGAGGAACUUCACGCCAUUUUGCAUCUGGUGCUGCAGGCAGGAAAUAUUUUGAACGCGGGUGGCUACGCGGGCAACGCCGUGGGCUUCAAAUUGUCGUCACUGCUCUCAUUGGCCGACACCAAAGCCAACAAGCCGGGGAUGAACCUGCUGCACUUUGUCGCAAUGGAGGCCCAGAAAAAAGACGAGGUGCUCUUAAAAUUUCCGGAAAAACUGAUCCACAUCCAGAGUGCAGCAAGGAUCUCCGUUGAGAACAUGGAGCUGGAGUUCUCAUCCUUGUACGUCCGCAUCCAAACCCUCGGCGAGAAGGUGCAGGGAGACCCCGAGUUACUGCGGCAGCUGGAGCCUUUCCUGCAGAGUUCCGGGAAGACGCUUGCAGAUCUGAAGCGUCGUCGCCUGGAGCUUCGCAAAGAAGGCAACGCGCUGGUGGACUUCUUCUGUGAGGACAAGGAUGCUUUCAAGCUGGAUGAAGGAUUCCGCAUCUUCAAUGACUUCUGCGUCAAGUUCAAGAAAGCUGUCAAGGACAACGCUGAGCGUGAGCUGAAGGAGGUGGCGAGGCAGCGUCGCCUGAGGGAGCUGGAAGAAAAACGAUUGGCGUGGUCGGUCGAAGAUGGCGGCGGCGGUAGCGCGUUCGCUCGCAGCAGCAGUGAGAACGACGUGGAGACCCUUACCAAGGAAAGCCUCCUGGACUUCUUUCAGGGGAGGUCCAAGAGCCCUCACAGCCCAUCGGGACGCUCAUCCAGUGCCCGCCGCCACCGCUACACUCUGACAUCCAUCGCAGACCGGGAACUCCGCAGCUACCUGGAGCUUUUCGGGGACAAGUUCAACAGCCUGCCACGGUCAGGCCGUGCACUCCAGCGCAAAACCGCCCCUUGGAUGGACAACCGAGACCUGACAUCUCCUCACGCUGACACCGAGCCCAUCAGCCCUCUUGCUCGGUUUUCCUCGGUGGGUCUGAAAGCCGAUGAGGACCGAUACAACAACACCAGUGGCUGCACAACUGCGCCUCAAUCAUUUGACGGCCAUAUGAAUGUAAACGUAGAGAAACAUACUUUGGUUCCUGGUCUGCAAGUGUUUCACCUCCAGAGUCCAAAAUUUGUCAACCAGGGCGACGUCCAGGUGAUGGAUCUGGAACAAGACAGGCGACCCCCUUCCGGGACUCUGGAUACGGUUCCAGGAGUAGCAAUCAAUUCUUUGAUGCAAGAGGACGAGACUAGUUCAAUUUCCUCGACAACCUGUGACACCCCGCUGCCCUCAGACACCCCGUUGUCCAAUAGGAAGCCUGCAUUUUACAUACCAGACUCUACCGAAGCGGACUGCUCAGUCACCCUGGACGUUUCCGAAGCAGACAGCUCAUCCUUUUCGAAAGAGGGACCUCACACUGGAACGCUUGACAAGGACAGGGAGAGCCCUAUAGAGCUCCCGCCAGGAGAGUCGCCAGUACCCAGAAUGAUGGAUGCCGCCUCUUCGACACCGCCAGAGUGGGGAACGGAAAGCUUCAACACCGCCAUAGUGAAAGAGAAUUUGAGAAGCAGCAGGAAACCAGUACGCACCAAAAGCAAGGCGGGGUGCGAAAGCGGCAGCGUGGACAGUGAUGAUCCCAACGGGAGCACCAACAGUGGCAGCGGUGAAGUCGCUCCCAGCGGCAGCAUUGGUGAAGUGCGGAAAGUAACCUGCAGGGAGAGCCAGAGCAUGCGGAAAGUGGUGCCUAUUAGCCGGCUAAAUAGGACAGAUAGCAAAAAGAAAGCAGAGACAAUCCUUGAUCGGCCCCUCCGCGAACAAAGCACCCCACCAAAAGGACAACGCGAGACAAACCCCAGACCUCAGCGACACUCCAGUCUACCUCCCGACGACUCCAAAGCCCAGAGAGGAGGCGGUGGCCUCCCAACUAGUGCAUCAAGAUGCCCAUUUGAUUCCAGUAACUUGAAGAAGACUUCUGUCAAUAAACCAAGCGCCAAACCCUUGAGGAACCUCCCCAAACUGGCGCCCGAGGAGAAAAUGUGCCGCUCGACCAUGAGGGCCCUGGGACAGACGCAAGUCUCGAGCAGUUCGCUGUCGGAAAGCGGCAGCUCGCAGGCGCCGGGCACCAAGAGCUCCCCUGAUGUCCCGAGCUUCGCCCGGAACACGGUGGCGUCGUCUUCCCGGACCAAGAAGGAACCGCUCGCCCUGUCCAUGGUGUCUCACAUUCCCACCAGCCUCAGUCGACAUGCGUCCGUCAAGCAGACUAGAUUAACGUCUUCGGUUUCUGGUGGAGAGGAGCGGACGACCGUGCGGCGGGUGCAGAGCGUCAAAGCGAGCAGUCGCAGCACCUACCGGAGCCGGACGCCGCCUGCCCAGGCUCGGGAUGUGGGGACACCCAGCGCGAGUGGCAAGCCCAGCUGGAAGUGAACCGCAAUCAACCAAUGAUGUUCUUUUCGGACUCAGAUCCCCAAAAUCACCAAUAACUUAUUUGAAUAUCUUUGCCGUUAAAAAAAAAGAAUUAUUAUUGGGGGGGGGGGGUGGCAGUCGGCCAGUGUUAUCGAUUAAUUUGAUAGUUAGUUUCAGAUUAAUCAUUGCACCUCUCAUUGUAACAUACUCUAAAAUCCCGUUGGUACAAUGCGAGUAUGAAACCUGAGACCACGCUCCUCUCCAUAAUGGAGUUAGCCCAUUAUGUUCUCAAUUUUUCCAUUCACUCGGCUACAAUAGUGACGAUUUCUAUCAGAAAAAAUAAUUCUGAUGAGUUCCUGUGGCAGAGAUGCACCUGUAUUGUUGUACGUGUAUGUCUCCAAUUUUUUUUUUUUUUUUAAUGUUUUGCAGAACACAGCUAACACGCCGCAUGACGUGAUCAUUACGUGAACAACUGCUUUCACGUUACAGUGUAGCUCAGCUAGAAUACGUAGACAAAACCGUAACCUGUUAUGAAACGUUCGCUAUGAGUUGUGCCUGUUGGUCGUGUUUCGAGAACGCCUCCGUACCGUCAUGGGGAAGCAUGGCAUGCUAUGACGCUAAUGCUAACCAAGCAUUUAAGACUCCAUGAUGUGAUGGGGGGGGGUUCGUUAUUCAUGUUAUUAUUUUGUAUUAUUUGCGCGAGAUGGGCGAUUUGACUGUGAAUGUAGCACCUGCUCAUUUAAUAGUAACAACUGUUACUGUGUGUAGCGUUAACUCGGCUGGUUAAAAGAUUAGGUACACCAAUUUCUGAAAGGCGCAGCAAAGUGGCCAGUGUCGAUGAUGUUGAUAUUAUUCCAAGCAAAUGUACAUGCGUCCAUAAUGAACGCUAUGUUAUAAAGUUUAGAUUUUGGAUAAAUGAAUGUUGGGGCCUCAUCUGAGUUGGGGUUUUUUUUCCCAGAGGAAAAAAAAUUGUACUGUUACGAGAAUGAAGUUGUAAAUUUAGAGAGUGAAUGUCAAUCACUAGUCUGACCCAAUUUAUUCUUGUCUUUUACCAAAGAUCUAGUUUUAAUUCUGUAAUGCAAAUAAUCACAAUUUAUUCAAAGUAGAAUAUUCUUUUUUUUCCAAAAUUAAGACUAAAUACCCUAUGUUCAUAAAUGACUACUAAUCUUAUAAAAUGACCAGUUUUUGGAACAAAUUGUUUCUUGUGUUAUUCAUGGUAAAUCUGCUGUAAAAAAAAAAAAAAAUUAAAUUUGCCGACCUUAUUCUUCAAACCCUUUCAAUUCAAAUUACAACAUUGAUCAAAGCUUUAUGCUUUUUUUUCUUUUGUGAAAUUUAGAUUUUUUGUUGUUAAUUGAUGUACCUUUAUCAUCCUAAUUUAUUCUUGAUAAUGACAUUGUUCUCAUUGAAAACAAAGAAAAAUAACGUUAUUGCGCGACUAUAUUCUUGUAAAAUUCAACAUUUAAAUGACCAGUUUUGGAAAAAAAAAUGGACCAUCAUUUUUUCCUGGUAAAAUCAAGCCUUAUUUGUAGUCAAUUUAUUCUGCUAAUUUAUUCUUGAACGUGACAAUGUUAUUAUCAUAAAAUGACACAAUUUUUUCUGGGAAUAUUGUGGCCCAACAUCACAUUUCUUUUACACCUUCAUUCUUAUAAUAUCGCAACUUUUGUUCUUGUGAAAUUCUGACUUGAUUCAACUUUUUUAAACCAAGUAUUGUACUGUUUUUAUUGUUAAAUUAUUAACUAUUGUAAAUUAUGACUUUCUCAUUUAAUUUGACUUUACUGUCACAAAAUCCCACAUUUUCCUUCAAAGAAAUUCUGAAAAUUCACACAAAUUUACAAAUUCAAUUUUUUUUGUAUUUUGACCUCAUUCCUGUAAAAUUACAGCUUUUUUUUAAACUCGGAAUGUUACUACUUUAGCCUGAUAAUAUUUUGACUACUUAUGUAAAACCACAACCUUUUUCUGCCAACAUGACAACUUUAUUCUCGUUUAGCGCUGCCUUAUAUUUUUGACUGUAAUGUUUGAACUUUUCUCAUCAAAUAUUGCCUCUUUUCAUGUUUUUAAUGCUUCUCGAUUUGGGCCUUGCGUGGUUUGGUCUUGUUGCCUUUUCCGCUGUUAUCAUUUUGUCAAGCUUGUCUUAUUAUCGACAUAGGCCUCGUGAAGUGCAUUGUGCCAUUGUCUCCAUGGCAACCACACACACACACACACACACACACACAAACAAAUAGAACAACCUGUUGCCUUAAAGCCUUGUGUAGCUCCAUACUUGCAUAUCAAAAUUGAUCCAUCCAUCCAGCUGCUCUCUGUACAUACUAUAAAGACAUCGUAUUUUUCUGACCAUUAAAGCUUUAUACACAGCA